CUUUCAUAUACAGUAAACAAACUUAACAGAUUUUUCACACACACACACACACACACACACACUCUCUCUCUCUCUCUCUCUCUCUCUCUCUCUCUUACUAUUACAGACACACUCUCUCACAGACACACAGACACACACACAGACACACACACAGACACACAGACACACUCUCUCUCACUCACACACACACACACACACACACACACACACAGAGUCACUAUUCCAGCCGAACACAGCAGUUUGAUUUGGCCCGAAGCAGCUGAAUGACUCAGUGUGACGAAGAGUGAGCAACACGAAAGCAGGACACUGACUGUGAAACACAGGGAGACACACAGCGAGUGUGAGAUGGAGGAAGCGUACACCGCUUUGUAUCAGGAGUUCCUCCGUCUGCAGAUAAUCUGUCUAAAACAGGCUGAAAUGUUACAACAUCUCACUGAAGCAUUGAGGAGACAACAAGGUGUGGCUCCUGUCUUUAAUAGGAAUUUUGAAGAUCUGUACGCUGAGCCGGUUCAGGGCAGACGUGUUGGAUUGGAGAUGUUCAACCACACAGACUACAGAGCACAAGAAGCUCACUUACACAAACAAGUGGCUCCCACACACACCCCUGAAGUUCAUGCACACACCCCUGCAGCUCACACACACACCUCUGCAGCUCACAGACACACCCUUGCAGCUCACACACACACCCCUGCAGCUCACACACACAGCUCUGCAGCUCACACACACACCCCUGCAGCUCACACACACACCUCUGAAGUUCAUGCACACACCCCUGCAGCUCACACACACACCCCUGAAGUUCAUGCACACACCCCUGCAGCUCACACACACACCCCUGCAGCUCACACACACAGCUCUGCAGCUCACACACACACCCCUGCAGCUCACACACACAGCUCUGCAGCUCACACACACACCCCUGCAGCUCACACACACACCUCUGCAGCUCACACACACACCUCUUCUUUACCCCCUGCAGAUAUUACAGGUGAUCCUGUGGUUUCUCCGCUUGCUGGAGCUUUUAACAGGCUGCACCUGGAGCCUGCGCAGGAAAAGGAGGAGGAGGAUGGGGCAGCGUCGGCAUCAGGAUGGUGUGAGACGAAGGAGCGCAGUAUUUGGGAUGAGUUACGACAGGUGGAGCAGCACUGGCACAGCAGCCAAAGACCUAAACAACAACAACAACAACAUCAACAACAACAUCAAAGACGUCUGUGGUCGUCAUCGUUCCUGACCAGUGAGAUGCUGAGCGAGAUGGGUGGGAUGCUGAUGUCCCGCGUCACACUACACUCGCAGGUGUGUGAGUUCUGCCACGCCGUGUUCCCUGGACACACCACCACCAGAGGAGAUUUCCUCCGCCAUCUCACCACACACAUAUCCUGACACGUUCCACUCGUCUGAGAGUGACAUGAGAACGUUGUGCGUUACAGACCAACACUUUAUAUCAUUACCUUUAAACGCUGGGUGGUUUGAGGUAAAGGUCUUUAAGCUGCGUGAGAUAUUUAAAUCAUUUUAUUACAAGCGUUGUGUUUAUUAAAAGAAGAAAAUGAUCCAAUUAAUCAAUUGUAAAAUGCUAAUUACCUCAACACUUUGAGUAUAUGUUUAUUUACUGUAUCAUGUGUAUAAAUGAUAUUUUUCUGUACAUAUGCUGAGCUUAUGUAGUGCAUUAAACCAACAGUGACACUUCCGUAUAUCACGCUGUCCUUACUGCUGAGUAACUAACUAUAAAUGUUUCACUCACACAAGUCUGAUAUCUGUGUCCGUUAUUAAACUUGUACUUAAACUUAUACUGAUAUCUGUGUCCGUUAUUAAACUUAUACUUAAACUUAAA